GUGAGUUUAAAUAGCUCUGAAGCAAAGUCAUCAGCCAUCAUCUUGACCAUCUCCCAGCUUUCUUCUUCCCACUCUUGGGUUCAAGGCCUUGGCAACCAUGAAACUUCUCAUCCUCACCUGCCUCGUGGCAGCUGCUCUUGCCAUGCCUAGACUUCAUUUAAAAAAUGCAGUACACUUUCAAAAUCAACACCAGGACAGCAGUGAGGAACAACAGAAAUUUGUUGAGCUACCAACAUAUCUUGGGUUAUAUGAGAAACUCAUCAGUGUCCUGAACAGAAGAGAGCUUCUGACAGGAGAACAGAGUGAUGAAAUUCAGGCAACUAUGGAUGAAUCAACUGAGGAACAAGCAAUGGGAAUUGCUCAGCAGCAGGACGACUCCAGCAGCAUCUCAUCAAGCGAGGAAUCCGAGAAUGCUAUUCCCAGUAACAGUGAGACUAAGCACAUUUCAAGUGAAGACAUACUCAACCAGUGCACCCUGGAACAGCUUAAGAGACAGAUCAAAUGCAGCCAACUAUGUCAGCAAGCUACCCUGGCCCAGCAAGCUUGCCUGGCAGAGCAAGUUUCCCUGGCUAAGCAAGCUUGCCUGGCCCAGCAAGCUUCCCUGGCUCAGCAAGCUUCCCUGGCUGAGCAAGCUUGCCUGGCCCAGCAAGCUUCCCUGGCUGAGCAAGCUACCCUAGCUCAGCAAGCUUCCCUGGCUGAGCAAGCUUGCCUGGCCCAGCAAGCUUCCCUGGCUCAGCAAGCUUGCCUGGCCCAGCAACCUUCCCUGGCUGAACAAGUUUCCCUGGCCCAGCAAGCUUCCCUGGCCCAGCAAGCUGCCCUGGUACAGGAACAACCUUACAAAAUGAGUGCAUACAACCAGUUUCAAAUGGGACAGCCUAUGAGUGCAGUAGAUCAGAAACUGGUCCAGUUGUUUGUUCAGGCCUUUCCACAAUUCUACCAGUAUCCCCUUUGGGCUCAUCUUCCACAAGAAGUGCAGCACUUUACCCCUGAAUCUGUUCUUAACACCGUGGAGCCAAUUGGCCCGAACAAUGAGGAAGGAACCAAAGUGUGGUGAGAUAUUAAUUCAAUUCUCAGGACCUCCACAAUUAUAGCGCUUGAUGUGACUGGAAUCUCCGUCCUAUUCAUUUCUCUCCACUCAUUGAAUGGAACCAUCAUCUUACCCUAAGGCUUAACUGUUAUUCUAGAAUAGGAAAACACCAUGUAGAGGGUAAUUUAUCUUGAGUCUUCUACUGCAUAUUAUAGCUAACCUUUCCUAGAUAUAUUCUAUCUGAAUUCCAGUCCCAUCAUGCCAGUAAGAAAAACACCCGAGCAGAGAGAAUAGAAGUCUUUAACUAAGUUUCUAUAAUGGAAAAUUAGUAUUAAGUCUUUGAAUUGACUCUUCUGUAAAUACCAUUAUUUGGGGUAAUUGUGAGCAGUAACUGAGAUUUUCUUUCUUCUCUUUUCAAUAAAUUAUAGUUUAAAGCACAAA